CACCAAACUCGACGCAUUGCGCCUGCCCCACGCUCGAUAUGGCUUUCAGACCGCUGUUACGGCAGCGCGCCGCUGUCCCCGCCAUGGCCGCCCUUUCGGCCGCCGCAAUCUUCGCACCAGGAACCGUGUAUGCAGAGGAGCGACCCGCGGAUCACUUUGACCGCAAACCCAUCUACGAUGACAUGCCCAUCGAUACCACAGCUCCUACUGCUCCCUCUCUAGUAGACCCAUCAAACUCGUCGUCGGCCCCAGAGUCUACCUACCGCCCAACACCGACCGACCGCCUCGCAGUCCAGAUUGGCCGCGCGCGCAUGGCUCUGUACGAGCAAGCGGUGCGCGGUGAAAAGGCCGUUGAUAACGCCCUUACCGAAACCCUCCGCCUCGAGCACUCCUUCACAAGCACCAUCCGCUCAUUAGCCCCGCCGAGAGAAUCGGGCGAGAAGGUCCUCCCUGGUGCUCUCUAUGUCCUCGUUUCCUCCAUGGCAGGUUCCAUUAUUACGCGCAACAGGAACAUUUUGCUGCGAACCUCAGUUCCAGUCGCUGUCGGCAUCACCGCCGCAAACUUUGUCCUUCCAAUCACUACCAAAAACGUUGGAGACCUCAUCUGGACCUACGAAGAGCGAUACCCCGUCCUCGCAGACACGCAUCUGCGCAUGAAGAGCAGGAUUUCGCAAUUCAUUGAGACUGGAAAGGCACACGCACAGGGAACUGUUGGUAUGGUCGAGGGCAAGCUGGCCGAUACACGGGAGAACUUGGAGGGCUGGGUCAAGAAGGGCCGGUAAAUAAUGCGUUAUCGAAAGCUUCUCUGGCACAACUACCUGUACAUUAGUAGCGGGGCAUAGGUGCAUCACCAUCUUGAUGCAAUGUGAUUUGCACUUUCUUUUCUCCUCCCACUUCUUCUUCAUGCUUUCCGUAUCGUUCAACUUGAGGCACAAUAUUCAGCGGGCUUUCCCCCCUUCCCAUGUCCUUGGCCAAGUUCGUCUGGCUGCUCCUUCUGAACCCCACGCACUUUUUCAGUAUGUUAUUUUUCCUUGGCCUCGCACAAAUAUGCUUGGCUUACUUUAACCGUUACUCAGCACCCAGCAGUGUAGAUUCUCUUCCUCGUCUUCAGCAAGACACUUGGCCGGAGCCAGCCUCAUGCAAGCUCUAUCGACCAACUUCAGUGCACAGCCACUAUAAAUUUGAUCAAAAGACGGGCAGAUCAGUACAG